AUGUCGGGCGAUUGGGGGCCAGUAGUGGUGGCAGUGGUGCUGUUUGUGGUGUGUUCACCAGGGUUGCUGUGUCAGCUGCCUGGAAACAAAAGAGCAGUAGAAUUCGCAAACUUUCAGACGAGUCCGAUCUCCAUUUUUGUUCACACGAUCAUAUUCUUUGGCCUAGUCACCAUCUUUGUGAUAGCUAUUGGCAUUCACAUCUAUUCAGGGUAGCAUAGACAACCCUUUCUGUGCUCCAUUUCUUGUUGCUUGUUCCAUUUAGAAGUAGAGAAGUUUCAGAUAAAAAUUCUCUACUUUUCUAGCAAGAAGACAGCUACCUCACUAUGGAUGGCUGUUAAUCUUUAAAAUCUCCCAUCUUUCUUCUUCCCAGAGGAAUCAAACAACGUUUGCAUUAC